GAGUCCCGCAGUCGGAGGCGGCCGGCUGGGCGUGCGCUCGCUACCCGCAGCCGGGGCUGGGCCGGAGGCGGGCGAGGGCUGGGGCCGGAGCCGGGCCGGGUUCAGCCGACAAGGGGCAGCGGCCCGAGCCGGGCAGCCAGGCCGCACCAGGCAGGGGACGGCGGGCGCGGGGUCUGCGGUCUCCUGAGCCCCGAUGUGAGGCGGCGGCGCCCCCGGCCCGAGCGCGCACCAUGGGGGCCCCGCUCGCCGUGGCGCUGGGCGCCCUCCACUACCUGGCACUUUUCCUGCAACUCGGCGGCGCCACGCGGCCCGCCGGCCACGCGCCCUGGGACAACCACGUCUCCGGCCACGCCCUGUUCACAGAGACACCCCAUGACAUGACGGCGCGGACGGGCGAGGACGUGGAAAUGGCCUGCUCCUUCCGAGGCAGCGGCUCCCCCUCCUACUCGCUGGAGAUCCAGUGGUGGUAUGUGCGGAGCCACAGAGACUGGACCGACAAGCAGGCAUGGGCUUCGAACCAGCUAAAAGCAUCGCAGCAGGAAGACGCCGGGAAGGACGCAACCAAAAUAAGCGUGGUCAAGGUGGUGGGCAGCAACAUCUCCCACAAGCUGCGCCUGUCGCGAGUGAAGCCCACGGACGAAGGCACCUACGAGUGCCGUGUUAUCGACUUCAGUGACGGCAAGGCCCGGCACCACAAGGUCAAGGCCUACCUGCGGGUGCAGCCCGGGGAGAACUCCGUCCUGCACCUGCCGGAGGCCCCGCCCGCCGCGCCCGCGCCGCCGCCCCCCAAGCCGGGCAAGGAGCUGCGGAAGCGCUCGGUGGACGCGGAGGCCUGCAGCCUCUAGACUGACGGCCGCCCCGCCACCCGCCCGCCCGCGCCCCUACGGCUGUCCAGAGUGCAUGAGGGGCCGCUGGACCGCUGGGGACGGGACUGCCUGGGUCCAGCCGCCUCCCCAUCCCCGAGGCCGCCUGCGGCCCGCCGGCCCUCCGCACCACCCCCUCGCCCAGCAUGUAAGCCCCGCCCAACCCUUCCUUUUCAGACCCUGCAGUGACCUGGCUGGGAGAAGGUGGGCCCGGGCACCAAGGGGACGACCGCCUCGAACGCUGGGGUGGGGCACCAUGCCGGGGCGGGCUGCCCCCUUUCUGUCACCAGCUUCAGUGGAGUCCAGUGUUUUCGCUUUGCUUGCUUGUCCCCGACCCUGUCCCGAGCCGGGGCCUCCCAGCCUUACUCUCCUCCUUCCUACCAUCCCCCACUUGGACCUGGGGGUGUGGACAGUGACUCCUCCCCGAAUUUGGACUUGAAUCUUCUGAGCUGAACUAGGGCCUCUCCCCUGGUGAGGAACUGGGGAACAGAGUCCCCAGGAGACCUUGCUCUGGGGCUCCAGGGUCACUCACAGGGGCCCUGGGAGGAGAGGGAGACCUCGGCUGCCUCCUGGUGGGUCCUUCAUGUUCAGCCUCCUUACACGGAAGCAACAGCUCCCUGUUCCACCUUCCUGGGAGGCGGGGGCACCAGGAAUCUGCCCCUUCACAUGGCAGGUCCGAAGGAGGACCUUUGUGCUCUGACCGCAUGGCCCCAGGCAGAGUUUUGCACCAGCAGGACCCCUUCCAGGGUCUUUGAGGCUCUCCCAGGAGCCCCCCCUCUGCCAGCUCCCAAGGUCCCAGCCCCCUCCUGGGGCCCAUGCCAAGCCCACCCAAGGGCCUGGGGCUGUUGGGAGCCAAGUGUCCCUUAAUACCAAUCCCCUCACAAUCCUUGAUCAGGGGGACACCCACCCCUGGUGAUUUGUAAAUAUUUCUAUCGGGCCCAACACCCCUUAGAACUGGCUCAAACCUCUGGCCGCCCCUCAGCAAUGGAGUGGGGGAUGUGGGAGGGGCGUGGGCUUGGCCCAGGGGCUGUGGGUAACCCUGUAUACACGAUCCAAUCCGUGACUACCAGCCAACCUGAAUAAAGCUGUUUAAAAAACCUC